CAGGUGUUGGGUAUCAGUUGUUCUCCUCCUCACUCACCGACAUGAAGGUCCUGGUUUUGGUUGUCUUGGGUCUGGUUGUCCUGGCCGCUGCCCGCCCGUCUGACAUCAUUGACAUCGAGGAGGACCAUCUGGAGCACGAGCAGGAGGGCGUUCCGGGCACGGCCGUCGAGGGCGAGUACUCUUGGGUAGCGCCUGACGGUAAUGAGUACAAGGUCAAGUACAUCGCUGACCACCUUGGUUACCGCGUCCUCGAGGACAACGUCGUGCCCGAAGUCCCCGAGCUCGAUGACAACUAGGACCCUCGAGGAGGACCGUCCCCGAGGACAACUAGGGCCCUCGAGGUUCAAGGCCAGACGACAACAAGCUAUUCCUCCAACUCCCGUCAUCAAGUGGAAACACAUAACACUCUAAACUGUAAAGUGUUAUGUGAGAACAAGUUCAAAUAUCAUUAUAUAAUUUUAGUGGACCUUUACCUUUGAGUUAAAGCCACAAAAUUAAACAAUGCAGUCAUGAAAUACCAUUCCACUGCAAUAAUGUCUAAAUUGAUAAGAAUUAAAUAAAUCUCUGUAUAAAU